AUGCCCCCCAAGAAGAAAGGAAAGGGUAAAAAGUCCGGCGGUGGCAAGAAGAGGCGGAAGAGCUCAGGCAUCCGAAUGAAAGGAAAGCCGCUCACGGCCGAGCAAGCGUCGACUUUGAUGACAUAUUUGCUAGUCGAGUCUCGGAAACAGUCGAUUGCGCUCUACAAAGAAUGGUGUCAUGAGGAAAAGGAGACAAUGCGUCGGCUACGAUCGAAGCUCAAGCACAUACAACAGGAUCAGUACGAAACCAUCAAGAGCACCGUCGAUGCCACCGAGACGCUGGACAGUCGCAUCAUCACCACCGAGAGCGAGCAGGAGCAGCUUCCCGAGAUGUCGAUCGACAGGAAGCUCGCCCGGCAGCGCGAUGAGAUUGAAGAGCUCCAGACCACCCUGGAUCGCCUGGAAGAGGAAAUGAGCAAGAUCAAGCUCAACAACGAAGACAUGACCCGCUUCCAGAACGAGGGCGGUGCACUGCAGCUGGAAACAGUCCUGUCCCAGCUCAAGGAAGACGCCCUCUCUGCCCGUGACCGCCACGAGGCGGAGGUUGAGAGUCUCAAGAAAAAGCAUGAGAACAGCUUGAUAUCCACUGAUAAGCGGGCCGAGCGCAUCAUCGAGGACCUCGAGACGGUGGCUAGCAAGCACGUCAUGGGAGACAUCCCGGACCCAAUUGUGACCAUGGUGCGCAAGAAUCGGCAGCUCAAAGCCAACUUGAUCACCAUUCGCCAAGAAGAGAUUGAGCUGAAAAGGAAACUCCAGGGCCUCGAACAGGAGAACAUGACCCUUGUCGAGCGGAGUAUACAGGUCGACUGGAACAUGCUCUACGGAGACGACGGCAGUCUCGAAUUUGGCGUCCCAAGCUCCUCCGAGUGCGACAGUGAUCACAGCCCGGAGGAGCUUAGCGACGACAAUGACGAUCAACCCGAUGCACAAAGUCUGCCAUCGAACCCUGCCCGCUGUAAGCCAACUGCUGAAAACGAUGUCGACGAGCCCUCGGUUCACGAUCCCUGCACACACAGUCGCGGGAGCGCCAAGCGAGUCCGCUUUAACCAAGUCCCUGACCCCACCCCGGAGGAGCCUCAGCCCGACCAACGAGAGCCCGCUCGCCCCACGCAUCCGUCUGGGCGAGUUCUGGCUCCGCUUUCGUCCUUUACCUCGUCGACGUUCGCUUUACCGACAGUCCAGAGUCGGACGACCUUACUUCCACUACCAUCAAACCUCGAUCUUGCCAUGAAAGAAGUCAUCUCGCUUGAGAUGGCUCGCCGGAAGAAGCAAACUGAGCAAACAGGGGUCAACGGAAUGGCAGUGCGUCUCGGCAAGCUGGACUUGGAACUUGGCGGUCCGCCGAGAUACUACUCCAAGCUUGUCAAUACCUAUCCAUACCCGCCCAUGCCGGCGAUUUCUCCUGUCAAGAACAAAUGA